AAACAAGGUGGACAAAGCUGUUCAGACGUUGCAGUCGACUUUCCGAUAAACCACAAUGGGUAUAUUGCAAAGCAAACCAACAGAUUCCAACAGGCAUUUUAAAAAGGAUCUAUCUACGCCAAUAUUAACAAGGCGUAUUAUUGCACUGCUGCCUGACCCAAGGUCACCAUCCAAUCAGAUUGAACGUACUCCAGUACAAGUUAUGAAGCCACCUGAUCAUCUUGUGUUAUUGAGUGAUCCCAGGUCACCCACUACAAACUUUGUUAGAACUCCAAUUGUCUGUGAUAAGACAACACAUCAAGCAUCCAUCACUGAUAUAAGAAGACAACUUGUUGCUUUUGAAGCACAACUGAGUGUUUCUGAUAUUAGUUUGGAUCAGUCCUGCAGUGAAAGCCUAGGAGAGAAUGUGGCAGCAGUUACAAGCAAUACAGUAGAAGCUCCAAUUGAAAUUCAUCAAAGUCCUGUCAAGGAAACUGAAGAACCAGGCUUCGACUUUGAUGAGAAAAAUCCAACCAUUAUUGUUGCUGAUGAUGCUAAUGAUGAAGAUGGUGAAUGUUCAGAUGUUGAAGAAGUUGUUUCCCAAGUGUUAAAUGAGAUGGUCGCCACGACAACGGAAGGAAAGCAAGAGAUCAGCACGCCUGAGUAUGACAAAGAAUUACAUCAAAUAGAACGUAAAUGUCAUCUUAGAGAAUUUAAUGGUUUGCGCUCAACUGAAGAUGUCGCUGUUAUUGAACCACUUAUAGAAACAGAAAAUGUUCUGAAGGUGAGAAAACCGAAAAGGCACAAUAACAUAACUAAAACAAGUAAAAAACAUAUGUUAUCGUCACCGCAAAGAUCACCAUUAACUGUAAUUAAUGCAGAAAGCUCACCACGGGUACUGGUACAGAGGAAACAAACCACAGACAAACAAACAUUUGUCAAGACUCCUCAAGGUCAGCAGCGGAAGAGAAGUAGUAUGGGAAUGAACAUAAAUGGAGUGAGGUUGAUGAUGGUUAAUAAAGAAAAUAUGUAAACAUUGAACAAUUUGGUAUCACAUUAUUUUUAUUACCGACAGUUUCUAACAAUCUUGUUUUCUUUUUUGGUAUCAGUUAUGUGUUUUUUGAGCAUUGUGUAGUCAUAUUAAAAUUUUUUUAUUUUUUUUUUAUUUGUAUACUGCCACACUAUAUUAUAUACUGCCACGUUAUACAUGUAUUAAAACACUGUCUUGAUAUAUUUUAUACUAUCAUGUUAUAUUUUAUACUGCCAUGCUACAAAUUAUGGACAUAUAGAUAUGAGAUCUUGUUUUUGUGUUUGUAUAUAAGACCAGCUUUCACUAUAGGAAAUACUCUGAUUUCACCCAGUGUGGUUAAAGUAUAUUAUAUAUAUAUAUAUAUAUAUCAGUAGUACCAAUGCUGCACGUAAAUAUAUAUAUAUAUCUUCUACUUACAUGCUUUAUUAGUUGUGCUUGCGCUUAGGUAUAUUAAUUAAAAAGUGUUUUUAUGGUUGAAGGAAUUAAUUUUGUUAAUGAUCCUGCAAACAACAAAUGCAAUUUUUACUUAAUAUUCACUCCUAUCACAGAUGUGCUUAUGUUAAAGCUAAUACGGUAUUGUUUUUGUUUUUUUGUUUAAACACCAGGACAUAUAAAUAAUUGUUUAUCAUAUUUUGUUUGAUAUUCCUAUUGCUAUAUACACUGGAUUGUGAUGUAUGCAUAAGUAAAAACAUUGGUUCACUUUAUGACAAAUCUACUGCAGCUUAUGUAUAUUAACACACAGUCAAAGAAAAUAACUGCCAUACAUAGUCGUCACCUGUGCAUGCGUCAAAUGGUCAUAGCGUGUCAUUGUUUACAAACAAGCGUCUACUCAUGAGCCUUUGCGUUUUUAGCGUGUGUUGUUAUAAUUGCUUGAAACUCAAUUCUCGCGCAUGCACAGGUGACGACCCUCCCGCUUUAAAUUUUCAUAUUAUUUUUAGUAAUUAUUUGUAUCUUGUGAGUACAAAUGCUGUGCAUAUGUUCAUAUUGAACAAUUAUAUGCCGUAAACCCGACCAUGAAAACAAAAAAAUAAGGGUGAUUUGCACUAUAUUUUUGUCAGAUGACUGUUAGCCAAUUAGUUUGUCAGAUCCUUUCAAUUGAAAUGUGAUGUAAGUGGAGGCUAACUGGUCAAUCUCAAUAUACUGAUUCAUUAGUUUUGGUGCACAUGCCUCUAAGGGCAUCUGACCAACUAUUUAUGACCUAUGAAUCAUGUUCAAAAUUCAAAAUCAGCAGCCAGUCAGAACUUGUGAUACUAGACAUUUAAAAUUGUGUAACAGUCACUUUUCAUGGCAAAAGUAAUGUGCCCCUUUCAUAACUUCAAACACUAUUUCAGAAUAGAAGACCACUCUUUUCUGGAAUUUGACAUAGACAUACAAUGGUAUAUUUUCAAAAAAAUACUGGUGUUUUUUUUUAUAUCUGCUGUAAAUGUUUUUGCACAUUGGCAAUUAUAUCUUUUAUAUAAGCAAUCUUUGUACAUAUCAUACUAUCUAUUUUUUC